GGGACUCCCAGGAAAAAUUUUUCGGGAACGGGAAUUCCCGGGAGAUAUUUUUGAAACAGAACUCGCCGGGAGUGGGUGGGAAAACGAGAAUUUUCCCGGGAAUGGGACUCCUCGGGAGAGUCGGGAGUAAAAUUUACUACCGAUAUUUGCUCCCGAGUCCCGAUGGACUCACUUGCGUAGCAAGCGCAGGCGCACCUACCAAUAUCUGACGUCAUGACAAAAACGCAUUUUGAUUGGUCUCUUUGUAGUCGUUUUUCCGAAUGUGAUCUCUGAUUGGUGGAAUGAGCAAGCUGUUUCCAAGCAACGAAUUCAACGGCUAAACACGAAAAAUUUAAAAGGAAACCGUUCACCGUUGUCAAACUCUCCGAAUCCGUGUCGUCGACUGCAUUGUUAGGUGUCUUCUGUUGAUGGCCCUGAUUUUUAUAGAUAUUUUUGAAAGAAAUCGCGUUUAAAAAUGACUACUAAGCAGCCUGAUGUGUGCGACGUCCCCGAGAUCAUCAUCGACCCAAGUGUAACGCCGAAUAACACGUACAAGCGAGGCCGAUUUUUCGGCAAAGGUGGAUUUGCGAAGUGCUACGAGAUAACUGACAUCAAAACGGAUGAGGUGUUUGCAGGCAAAGUUAUUCCCAAGAAACUUUUGCUGAAACACAAUGCCCGAGAGAAGGUGGUGCAAGAGAUCAACAUCCACAAGAGCCUCAACCACAAGCAUGUUGUUGGUUUCCACGGUUUCUUUGAGAACAAUGGCAACAUUUACAUCAUUUUGGAGCUUUGCAAAAGACGGUCCAUGAUGGAGCUGCAGCGACGUCGUAAGAAGCUUACUGAACCAGAGGCAAGGUUUUACUUGCACCAACUCUUAAUGGGGGUGCAGUAUCUGCAUGAGCGCAAUAUCAUCCACAGAGACUUGAAGUUAGGAAACCUCUUCCUGAAUGACAACCUGCAGGUCAAGCUUGGAGACUUUGGCCUUGCAACAGUGGUUGAGUUCAAGGGAGAGAGGAAGAAGACUCUCUGUGGAACUCCCAACUAUAUUGCUCCAGAGGUGCUAAACAAGGUUGGUCACAGCUUUGAAGUAGAUGUUUGGUCCAUUGGCUGCAUCCUUUACACUCUGCUGGUUGGUCGUCCACCAUUUGAGACCUCGUCUCUAAAGGAAACAUAUCAACGCAUUAGGAAUUGCGAGUACAGUCUGAGCAAGGCUGCCUUGAGUAGCGAAGCUGUCACCUUGAUCCGCCGCAUGCUGCAAACUGACCCCAAGGCUCGGCCCACGGUGAAGCAGCUCUUGGACGACCCAUUCUUCACCUCAGGAUACAUGCCAAAGGAGCUGCCCACAACGUGCCUUUCAAUCGAACCAAGAUUUGACCCUGCAGUCCUUGCCAAACACAACCAGAGCGCUGCCGCAACUAGGAAUGCAAUUUCCAGUAUUCCUGUGGUUGCUGCUGGAAAUAGGAGACCUUUGACUCAAGUCAACCAGAUUGAUGCACGUGGAGACUGGAUUGAAUCCCAGUCUCAGCCUGCAGGCCCCACUGUGAUGGAGAACAGCUUUAAGUACAUGAUUAUGAUCAAGGACCAACUUUCCAAACUCCUCAGCAGACACAACUUGGUCAAACCCAAUAAUUCCUUCCUGGGUGAGGCUGAGGAUCCAGCUGCCCAGGCUCUUUUCUGGAUCUCCACCUGGGUAGACUACACAGACAAGUACGGCUUUGGCUACCAGUUAUGUGACGACAGCGUGGCUGUGGCUUUCAACGAUGGCACCAAGCUGAUCAUGCUUGCCAAUGAGACUGACUUGCAGUACAUUGAACGUGAUGGAAAGGAGAACUACCACAAGGUCUCCACUUACCCAACUAGCCUCACCAAAAAGAUGAAGCUGCUCGACUACUUCCGUCGGUACAUGGUCGAACACCUUGUCCGGGCUGGAGGACGCAGGGUGUCAAGAGAGUCCGACUCCAUGGCCAGGAUGCCCUAUUUGUGCCACUGGUUCCGUUCUAGGAACUGUGUGAUAAUGUUCCUCACCAAUGGCACCCUGCAGAUUAAUUUCUCUAACCACAACAAACUCAUCAUUUGUCCACUUAUGGAGGCUGUGACCCAUAUCACAAGUGACAAUGUGCCCCACACGUACCGUUUCUCCAGCAUAGAGAGAGAAGGCUGCUCAAGUGUGCUCCACAAGGGUCUUGAGACUGCCCUAGCCAAGGUCAAGGCCAUGAUUGCCACCACUCAGCCAUCAAACAGCCCAGUUUAGUUGUGUAUAUUUCACUUUAGUUGUAUUUUAUUAUUUGUUAGAACGUUUUGCCUUAGAAUGUAUACCAAUUUUUUUUUUUUUAUUUCAAUUUUUUCGUAACAAAGAGGUUUGAUCUGCUCCAUCUUGCUUGGUUCUCAUUUAGAUGUAAUAUGAUAAAACUAUACUUUAAAAUAAAUGAAAAUAUAACCAAUCAAGUCUGUAUCUUAUUUUUUAUUUGAUUGAUGAACUAUUCAUUAUAAUUUUCAAGAAAAAUGGCUCAAUAAAUCCAAUUUUUUUGGACGUGCUGAGUUGACCGUUCGUUCUAGACGCUCGUUGGUCUGAACAUAUUCAGUGUAGACCACAAGCUAUUUACUCUGAAUUAAACAUGUUUCAGUGCGUUCGGUUCAAAAGCUUAUUGUUAAAACGAACGCAAAUUUUGUUCCGUGCUUCCAACUUCUACACAUAGUUUUUUCAAACAAUAUAUAAUUAAAGAAAAUUCAAGAGAAUUUUGAAAUUAUAC